AUGUCUAAACCUGAGGUCUCUGAGACUGGGAAACCCACCGACCUCCACCGGCCACGGUCGCUCGAGAAAGGAACCUCUGAGAAAUGCGACUAUCAUGGCAUAGAUACCAGCAUCAUUGCAACGGGUUCGGAUGGCGUAUAUGAAAGAAAGGUCACCAUUAUGAAUCAAGCACUGAUUGACAUGGGGAUGGGCCGGUUUCAGUGGCAGAUAUUUGCCAUGACUGGAUUUGGCUGGUUUGUAGACAACUUCUGGAUGCAAGCUAUCACUAUCAUCAGCCCACCAGUCAGGAACGAGUUUGCUGUUCAGAAGAUUGCUUUUUUGACGGUUGCAAAGUACGUUGGCUUGGUUGUGGGCUCCAGCGUGUGGCCCAUGACGGCAGACUUCAUCGGGCGUCGUCCAGCAUUCAAUAUUACUCUUCUGAUGUCCUCAGCUGCAGGACUUGUUGGUGCAGGGAGUCCUAACUUCGUCGCCAUAGCAACUUUCUGCGCUUUCAUUGGUGUUGGGACCGGCGGCAAUCAGCCAGUUGACAGUGCCAUCUUUCUCGAGUACAUCCCAGCCACGCACCAGUAUCUUCUGACAAUGCAGUCGGCAUUCUGGUCUGUCGGUCAAGCUGUUGCAGCUCUUAUUGGAUGGCCUCUUAUUGCCAAUUUCUCCUGCUCCUCGCGUUUGCCAGGCCAAUGUAGAUACGAAGACAACAUGGGUUGGCGAUAUACUUACUGGACAUUUGGAGGCCUGACUCUCCUUAUGUUCAUCAUGCGUCUCACAUUUAAAGUUUACGAGACUCCCAAGUAUAUUCUCGGCAAAGGGCGUGACAGGGAAGCUGUUGAAGUCAUUCAGAAGGUUGCUGCCCGAAACAAGACCACCACCUGGCUGACCCUCGCACAUUUUGAGGCAGUUGAUGCCGAGCUUGGUAUCACUGCCGGCGAGACUGAUGAAACAACCGCCCCAAACUCUGAGAGCCUAGGAAUUAUUCGACGAAACCUAGAGAAGUUCAGGCCGGACAAAGUGCGCACGCUUUUUUCCACACCGCGGCUUGCAUUGUCCACUACUUUUAUGAUCUUCCUCUGGUGCGCGAUCGGGAUGGCUUACCCACUGUACAACUCAUUCAUUCCAAUCUAUCUUGAGAAUCGAGGAGUGAAGACCGGAGCUUCUUCAUUGAACGACACAUAUCGAAACUAUGCCAUUCAAGCUGUUUGUGGAAUACCUGCUUCGAUUCUGGGCGGAUUCACAGUGGACUUGCGAAGGAUUGGAAGGAAGGGCACUGGAGCGUUUGCAUGCAUCAGCACCGGAGUCUUUCUCUUCCUCUUCACGCGAGCAGACACAAACGCCGCGGUAUUAGGUUUCUCAUGUGCCAUCGCCUUCUUUCAGAAUCUUGUUUAUGGCCUGCUUUAUUCUUAUACCCCCGAGUUGUUUCCUGCUACUGUUAGGGGUACUGGGAAUGGCCUGGUGGCGCUUUUCAACCGUUUGAGCGGUCUGAUGGCUCCGAUCAUUGCAGCCUACAUUGGAAUCGACACUGACCUUCCGGUUUGGAUUUCUGCAGCACUAUUCAUGGUCGCAGGGUUUGUCUUCUUGGUUCUGCCAUAUGAGACGCGAGGAAAGGCUGCGGCUUAA